AUGUUCAACGAGCAGGUCGUAUUCCUCGUCGAUGUUGUCCGUUGCAGAAUCUUCCCAAAAGCCGGCUAUCAUAGCGAAAAGAUGCCAGUUAAUGACAGUUCUGAGACUUCGCUUCCUGAGCUUUGCGGCUUUCUCUUCCCUCCGGGUAAACGAAAAUUUUCCGCGGAGGAGGCAAUAGUGCGAUUCCGUAUAGAACAUUGCCACAACAGCGACAUCCGUCAAGCAGAAGCUAUGACUGAAGAUGAUGUGGUCAAUUUCAUUGCUACACCCUCCACCGGGUGA